CAUCAACCUGGUGUUUGGUGGAUCCUAUUAAUAAUACAUUUUUAAAAAAACACUUGUACAUCAAUCUUAUUUCCUUGUGAUCAACAAGAUUUAAAUAAUAUAAUACAACAUCAUCAUGGGUAACGCACCGAGUGGAGGACAACAACCUUUCCAACUUCCUGGCGCUGGAAAAAAGCAGAAUAAGGACGAUAAGAAAAAGAAGAAGGAAAAGAAAAAGUUUGAACAACCAGUACCAACCCGUAUUGGCAGAAAAAAGAGGAAAAAGGGUCCACAAAUUGCUGAAAAGCUUCCAGAAGUUACACCAGUCUCAAAAUGUAAACUUAGAAUACUACGAUUGGAAAGAGUUAAAGACUAUCUUACAAUGGAAAAAGAAUUUGUUACUAAUCAAACAAAACUUUUGACUGCCCAAGAAAAGAGCAAGGAUAUGGAAGAGGAACGUAACAUGGUCGAUGAAUUAAGAGGAUCACCAAUGGCUGUAGGAACUCUUGAAGAAAUUAUUGAUGAUAACCAUGCUAUUGUUUCUAGCAGUGUUGGUCCUGAAUUCUAUGUUUCAAUCCUUUCAAUUGUUGAUAAGGAUCAAUUGGAACCUGGUUGUAGUAUUUUAAUGCACAAUAGAUAUUUGGCUGUUGUUGGUAUUCUUCAAGAUGAAGCCGAUCCAAUGGUCUCUGUCAUGAAAGUCGAUAAGGCUCCUCUCGAAUCAUAUUCACAAAUUGGUGGUUUGGAAGAUCAAAUCCAAGAAAUCAAGGAAGCUGUCGAAUUCCCAUUAACACAUCCAGAACUUUAUGAAGAUAUUGGUAUUAAACCACCAAAAGGUGUUAUACUUUAUGGUGAACCAGGUACAGGAAAGACACUUCUUGCCAAAGCUGUAGCCCAUCACACCAGUGCUACUUUCUUGCGUGUUGUUGGUUCCGAACUCAUUCAAAAGUAUCUUGGUGAAGGUCCAAAACUUGUUCGUGAAUUGUUUAGAGUUGCUGAAGAAUUGGCUCCAAGUAUUGUAUUUAUAGACGAAAUUGAUGCUAUUGGUACAAAGAGAUUUGAUUCAACAUCAGGAGGUGAACGUGAAAUUCAAAGAACUAUGCUUGAAUUGCUUAACCAAUUGGACGGUUUCGAUUCCAGGGGUGACGUUAAGGUUAUCAUGGCCACUAACAGAAUUGAUUCUCUUGAUACUGCUUUGAUUAGACCUGGUAGAAUUGAUCGUAAGAUUAAAUUCCCAUUCCCAGAUGUUAAGACAAAGAGAAAGAUCUUUGAAAUUCACACUCGUAAGAUGAGUAAGGCUACUGAUGUAAAUUUGGAUGAAUUUAUUUCCUCAAAGGAUGAAUUGUCUGGUGCUGACAUUAAAGCUAUUUGUACAGAAGCAGGUUUGUUGGCUCUCAGAGAACGUAGACUCCAAGUUACUCAAACAGACUUUACAAAGGCCAAGGAAAAGGUUUUGUACAAAAAGCAACAAGGUAUUCCAGAAGGUCUUUACAUUUAAAUCUACUACCUGCACCUAAAGUGUAUAAUAAAAUUUAUUGUAUUGAAUGUAAUA